AUGGUACUUCGGAAAGGAAAGAAAAGAAAAAAUUCGACAUCCGAAGAAGUUGAGAAAAUCGAUGAAAAUGUGGUGAGAAAAGAAGAAAACGAUCAAACAAAUGAAAUUGAAGAAGAAAUGGAAGAAAAACCUGAAGAUAUUGAGGAGGAUUUCGUCGAUCCAGAGCGUAAACAACACAAAUCGGGCGUCGUCUACUUCUCGGCUAUUCCCACCGGAUUCAAUGUCGAUAAAAUCACAAUGGAGAUGAAUCGUUACUCGAAGGGAUGCGUCGGGCGAGUGUACUUGGUGCCAACAAAGUCGAGUGAGAAAUUGAAAAACGGAUCGGCACGAGAAUCGGACGAUAGAAAGACGAAAAAACGUCAUUUGACAUACAAAGAGGGAUGGAUCGAAUUCACGAGAAAAAGUGUCGCCAAACAUUUGGCGCGAUCACUCAACGGAAUGCCCGUCCAGGUUCGCACCAAACACCCAGCUUCGGGCCUGCUUUGGCUAUGCAAAUAUCUACCUGGCUUCAAAUGGAUUCAUUUAAUGGAACAACUCGAUUAUGAGAGAAAGGUGAAUAUGCAACGAAUGAAGAUGGAGAUCGCUCGCGCGAAACGAGUUGCCGAGCAUUUUUCGGAACAAGUUGAGAAAGGGAAAAAUUUGAAGAAGCUUGAGGAAAAGGUGCUAAAGAAGGGCGGUCUUUGGGAGAAACAUCAUCGCGAGAUCGAACAACGACAACCAAUCGGAAAGCCGGCGACAAAGAAGAGCAAGAAGGGCAAACCGGUGGACGAGGACGAGUUGAUGAAAAUGAUCUACGCUGAA